AGCUUGAGAACUAUCGGUUUCCUGCAUUAACGGUAUUUACUGAGAGUCUAUGUUUCAAAUUACAACAAUAAUUAUUUUGAACUCAAACUAAGACCAAUGGAGUCUUCGAUAUGCCGGGUUUGUCUGGAGCAGAAGGAGAACAUGCUAAACGUCUUCUUAGCUACACCGGUAUCCGGGAUUUCUAUAGCGAGCAUGAUUUCACAGUGGAGCGGCUACCCAGUUAUGCCGCAGGAUCCCUUUCCCAAGACCAUUUGCCAGCGCUGUGUGCAGGAUGCGCACAAUGCUUACGAGAUGGACUACGCGCCAAAGGACUCGGUGAAAGAGGAGUUGGUGGAGGAGAAAGAGGAGAAGGAAGCAAAUGAGGGAGAAAGAGCGAAUCAGUUCGAUAUACAACUGAAGGAGGAAAUAAUCGAUGACAGUCAGAGCGCGCUGGAGCCAACCGAUGAUUUAUGCAGAUUUUGGGGGGACUCCCACGAUAACCAGGUUCCACCGCACGUAAUGAACGAGCCACUGGUGGAGAACGAUGAAAAUGACUGCCCCAACUCAAACCGCAAAUUGGAGCAGGAAACUCGGAACUUCGAAACCCAGCAGAAACCCAAGAAUAAUAAGAAUAAGAAGGAGAUGGAAAUGAUUAAGUGCCCUGAAUGCCCAAAACUGCUACCGAGAAAGAGACUUGAGCAGCAUGCGGUAACCCAGCAGGAUAGUCGACCAUUUGAGUGUCCCAUCUGUGGGAAGGCCUACAAACUAUCUAGCCACCUUAAAGCUCACAGCUGGGUCCAUUUGACCGGUGACCGACCUUACAAGUGUUCACAAUGUCCCAAGUCCUUCACACUAAAAUCCAAUCUUAGGCGCCAUGAGAAACUACACAAGACGGAACCUAAAGUAAGGGUCAGGAAGCUGAAAUAG